AUGGGCGGCGAAAGCAAUUUCAACCGUGCUGUUGUGUACACCGAACCCGGAACGACCAAGACGGAGGUUGUCGAACUCCCGAUACCGACACCUGGGCCCGGCGAAGUCCUCGUUCGACUGCAAUAUUCAGGAGUAUGCCAUACAGACUAUGGCUUUUGCAUGAAUGCUUUCUCAUCAGUGCCGUUCCCUACACCAAAAGGUCAGGUGGGAGGUCAUGAAGGAGUAGGAGAGGUUGUCGCUGUUGGUGUUGGCGUAACAACACCUACCAUUGGACAACGAGUAGGCAUCAAGUAUGCCGCAGAUGCGUGUCUCAACUGCGACCGAUGCCUUCAAGGUGGCGAGUCAUCAUGCGCAGAGGUUAAACUAUCGGGCUACUUCACACCGGGAACACUUCAACAAUACUGUCUAUCAUCGGCAAGAUACGUAACACCCGUACCAGAUGGAUUGGACUCAGCCGAAGCGGCUCCAUUGAUGUGUGCGGGCGUCAGUGUCUACACCGCAUUGAAGCGCGCCGACGCCCGCCACGGAGACUGGAUCGUGAUUGCCGGUGCCGGCGGCGGCCUCGGCCAUCUCGCAAUCCAAUACGCAAACGUUCUCGGCUGCCGGGUCUUGGCAAUGGACCUCGGCAUCAAGGAAAAGUUCUGCCGCGACCUCGGAGCCCAGGAGUUCGUCGACUUCACAUCCUUCCCCACCGAAGAAGACCUCGCGAACGAGAUCAAGAGGAUCACCGGCGGCGGCGCAAGGAUCGUGUUGAUGUGCUCGUCAAACAAAAAAGCGUACAUCCAGUCACCGCGAUGGUUGGGCUUCCGCGGCAAACUUGUCUGCUUGGGCGUUCCCGAACACAGCAGUCCGGCCAUCGGCGAGGUCGAGCCCAUGCUUUGCGAUGAGCUGACCAUCUUUGGCGUCAAAACGGGUAACCGUCUCGAAGCCAAGGAAUGUCUCGAAAUCGCUGCACGGGGCAAGGUCAAAACUCACUUUCAACUUCGGCGCAUGAGGAGCUUGACAAAGAUAUUUACUGAGAUGGAGUCCGGGGAAAUACAAGGUCGCGUAGUCAUAGACCUGAAGUAA